GGCUAUGUCAGGGUUCUAUCAUCGCGAGAAUUGAACUGGUCUUAUAUAUUUUAAACCGAUUCCGCCCCUUUCUCGUACUUCUUUCCAAAGCUACAACUGACGGACAGAAGCUGAGAGUCAAAAAUGGCUGCAGGCAAUGCACACAUUGGAAAACUGGCACCUGACUUCACAGCCAAGGCAGUGAUGCCUGAUGGCCAAUUCAAAGACCUCAAGAUCUCCGACUACAGAGGGAAGUAUGUGGUGUUCUUCUUCUACCCCCUGGACUUCACAUUUGUGUGCCCUACUGAGAUCAUCGCCUUCAGCGAUGCAGCAGAUGAGUUCAGGAAGAUUGGCUGUGAGGUCAUUGGCGCCUCUGUGGACUCCCAGUUCUGCCACCUUGCCUGGACAAACUUGCCUCGCAAGCAGGGAGGUCUGGGUCCCAUGAAGAUUCCUCUGGUGGCAGACACACUGCGUUCCAUCUCCCAGGACUACGGCGUACUGAAAGAGGACGAGGGGAUUGCCUACAGAGGCCUGUUCAUUAUUGAUGACAAGGGCAUCUUGAGGCAGAUCACCAUCAACGACCUUCCAGUGGGGCGUUCAGUAGAUGAGACCUUGCGUCUGGUCCAGGCCUUUCAGUUCACCGACAAGCAUGGAGAAGUCUGUCCUGCCGGCUGGAAACCAGGAAGUGACACCAUCAAGCCCGACGUCCACAAAAGCAAAGACUUCUUCUCCAAGCAGGAGUAGGAAAACAAGGGUGUGCAGCGUACUGUAGGAGAGAUAGAAGUUAUAUUUCAAAAGAACAUCAUUAACAGUAGUGUAGUCUAUUCUAUUAUAACCUCCUUGAGUUUACCACUGUGCCUGUCGGGCAAGGUGGGAAUAUGGCAGCAUCUCUUUAUUUGUCAUUUAUUUUGGGUGCACAUUCUGAUCAAAGUUAGAAAAGUAUGUUGGUGUAUUCCAUAGACUGUACAAACAAGGUCUAUUCUGUUGCAGUAUUGCAACAUUUUUGUGUAUUUGUUUUUGUGUAUUUGACUAUCUGUUUUGUUAUCUCAUAUAAAAAAUACCAGUCAUGUUUUUUUCAUUUGCAGCCUUAAACUUGAAACAUUAAAUGUAAUUCGUAAAAUAAAGACACUUGACAAAAAAAAAAAAAACUCCCAUUUUAAUCAUAUGUUUUGCAGAAUGUUAAAAUGAUAUGGUAUUUACUCUAUCCUUUGUUGUCUGUCAAUGCCAAAAUCCCAUAAUUUGAUCAUUUUCUCGUGUAGAUGCUGAACAGGCUACAACUCGUGUUGUUUUGGUUACCUAAAGCUUUUAGUUUAUUCAAAGAGUAUAAGCACUAGAAGCUGCUUGUAUUCUAUGGAGGACC